GUCUCGCGAUGACGUGUAAAAGGGACGGGAAGGAGGAGAGAGAAAGGCGCGGCGCGUGCGUCUCUGAGCAAGGAGUAACCUUACUUUAUAUCGUUACGAUACGCGAAACGUGAUCGCGAAAUACGGCAUCUCGUAUAUGUGCGAAUAUAUAUGGUUUAUGAUAAACGCCGCAGGAAAAUUCAAACGCGAACGAGAAGAUCCACCCGUUUCAUUAUCGAAUGCGCUAGCAUCUUUCGCGAUAUAUUUUGAAUUUUAUAAAACUUGGAAUAUUCUAUCUCUCGAGAAAAAAAAGAAAGAAAGAAAAACACCCACUCGCGUCGCGCGAAUCCUUUCUGAGAACGCGAAAUAUUCUAAAAAUACGUCUGGCCGUUGUUACAAAGACCCAAGAAAAUCUGGAAAACGCAUCUGUCCACGAAAAAUCAUGACUGACAUUAAUAUAAACGAUCUAGAAAACCUUAUCACAUAUUUUGCAAAGAACACUUACAAGGCCACAGUUGAUAAUGUCAGAAUUCAAGAAAUUAUGCAAAGAUGUAAGCUGCUUGCAUCUUUCGAUUAUGAUUAUCACAUAAUUGACAACUAUGAUGGCAUCCUCUGCGGACAUUAUCCUAGAGAUCUUAUAAUAUUGGAACAUGAUAAAUUACAAAAUUCAAAAAAUGAUACAUCACUGCCACCGUCGUACAUACGAGAAAGCAUGACUGAAACUAUAUAUGUAAAGAAUAAGCUCAAGAAAUUGAUGAAAGAAUCAAGAUUUGCUAGAUGUCGUUCAAGAUUCCCAACGCCAGUGAUACUUUACAAGGGUAGACAUGUAUGCAGAUCCGCAACAUUAGCCAGUAAGCCAGAAAUGAUGUGUAGAACUGGAUUAGAUAUGCUAUCUAAUGUAGCUGGUACCAGUUCUACAUCACCAGAUCCAUUGGUAGACAAAAGUUUAACGCAAGUUGCAGAAGUUACAGAAGAUUUAAAGUUUACUGACAUGAAGAAUAAUCUUAGAUUGUAUGAUAUAGAACUCCUGAAGACUCUUAAUGUGGGAACCAUCAUUGAUUUCAUGGUUGAGAAGAAAAAGGUCAAAUUUGGAGUAAACGUAACUUCAUCGGAGAAGGUAGACCAGGAGAAAAGGUACGAUGACUUUAACCUCAUUUCACUGCCAUAUCCUGGAUGUGAAUUCUUCAAGGAAUUUAGAAACAAAGAUUAUCGAUCAAGAGGUUUGGUAUUUGACUGGUACCAAAAUUAUGUAGACGCGAUAAUCCGUAUACCUGAUGGCCCCUCCGAUCAAUUACGAAUCACCUGGAAUAAAUACAGAGAAUGGGAUCUAGUCAGAUUAACGCAGAAUUAUUUAAGAUUAAUACUAAUAUAUUUGAGCGAUAGUAAGAAUGGAAUAUUAAUUCACUGCAUCUCAGGCUGGGAUCGUACACCAUUAUUUAUUUCAUUAUUGAGAAUUAGUCUCUGGGCCGAUGGUGUAAUUCAUAAAACAUUAAAUUCAUAUCAAUUACUUUAUUACACUAUCGCCUAUGACUGGCUGCUCUUUGGACACGAUUUACGAGAUCGACUAAAUAAAGGAGAGGAGAUAUUCUUCUUUUGCUUUGAUUUCUUAAAAUAUAUUGAAACUGAAGAUUUCAGUAUACAUUAUAAGUGUAACGAGAAAACAUCAAAGUCUAGCGACUCGCAUCCGGAAACUAUCACGAUAAACGCCGAAUCCUUUGAAUUUAUCGCCGCUCCUAGUUUCAGUUCAUCUAGUUCUAUUGAACAAACCAGUGAAGAUGGUGAUUCAACAGCUGUAUUUUUCGAUAAUUUGGAUAGUCAGGAUUUGGAUUCUCGAAAUAAUGUCACUCUUACAUCUGGGACACUUAAUGUGUCUCCAAAUAAAGAGGAUGGUACCACACAGGGAUCGCGUUUAUCUCUAUCCACAAAUCGUACAUCUCCGAUUGGAGUUCCUAUACCACAUAAUACUCGACGGAUUCGACAACGAAAUGAUUCAACGUCUUCGGGUGAUUCCUGGCAACUGGUGACAGGGACAGGUAGUCUGUGUGGUUCCACAUCCGCUAAUGCUGCCUGUAUGGACAGCAUGUUAAUUCCUGGUUUAGAUUGUAAGCCUUCGUGUGCAGCUUGCACAACUCCACGCACGUUACAAGGAAAUGCAAACACAAAUGAUGACGAAGUUGCUUCUCAGCCUGUACAACGUAAAGAACGAUUGCGUUGCCUCCGAAAUAUAUUUUGUAAAGCCUAUGGACCUCAUGGAUUUCGAUGGAAGGACGAGGCGAGUGGCAUUAGCCAAUAUUUUGGAAAUAUUGUUGGGAUGACUUAGACUUGACGCACAUCCUAGUGACUGAAAUACUGUUACUGACUGUCUAAGAACACGAAUUUACAGUCUCGAUUUUCUUUAUUCUAAAUGAUAUCAGAGAACUCCGAGCAUUUCGAAGAUUUUCACUCUUUCUAAUAAGCAAAAAUAAAAAAGUAUAUCAUAUACACAUAGUAUAUAUAGUAUAUACAUUUUUUAUUUUACUCACUUUUUACUAUAAUAUUGUCAUGUACAUAUAAGUGCCAGUGCAAAAAAAAACAGCAAUUUAAUACAAAGAAUUUAGAAUAGAGAAAAUUGACUAUAUUGUUAAUAAUACUUAUGUCCAAUUGACAAUUUUAUAAACUACAA